CGUAGGCGGCCGCCUCUCCCCGCGGCUGCGCAGUUGGGAUCGGGCGCGAGGCGUCCGCGGACUUCCGCGAGAUCCGCCGGGGCCCGCAGCGAGCGGCGCGGGUCUCGCGAGAGCCGCAGUGGCGAUGGCAGGUGGCCGGCUGGUGGCGGAGGGUCGGUUGAGCGCCGGUUGCUUCGCGCUCGGGGUCUCCGUCGUCCUGGUGCCGGGGCUCAUCCGCACCCAGAGCGUCUUCACCAACCGCGCGCUGCUGGCGAUCCACCUGGCUGUCAUCAACGUCCUGUUGCUGCUGCUGUACCGGGGGCUUCAUUACCAGAUUGCUGUUCGGGCCUGUUUCCUUGGUUUUGUUUGUGGUUGUGGUUUAAUACUGAGCUUCGGAGGAUCAUCAUGGCAACACUUUGGAUGGUAUUUGUGCUCUCUGAGUUUUUUCCACUAUUCAGAAUACUUUGUGACUGCAGUUAUUAAUCCCAAGUCCCUCUCUCUAGACUCUUUCUUGUUAAAUCAUAGUGCAGAAUACAAACUAGCAGCCAUGUCUUCCUGGGUGGAGUUUACCAUUGAGAAACUUCUCUUUCCAGACAUGAAGCAAGUCACGUGGCUCAGUUUCCUUGGUUUGCUGAUGGCCCUAUUUGGGGAAUCGCUACGCAAAGCAGCCAUGUUGACAGCCGGAUCAAAUUUUAAUCAUAUUGUACAAAAUGAGAAGGCGGAGUCCCACAGGCUCGUCACCUCUGGAGUUUACUCUUGGUCCAGACAUCCAUCCUACGUGGGCUGGUUUUACUGGAGCAUUGGCACUCAGGUAAUCUUAUGUAAUCCCAUCUGCAUCGUGGGAUACACAUUGGCUUCUUGGCGCUUUUUUCGCGAACGUAUUGAAGAAGAGGAGAUGACUCUGAUCCAGUUUUUUGGUGAAGACUAUGAACUGUAUAAGAAACAGAUUCCAACACGACUUCCCUUCAUCAAAGGUGCAAAAUUAGAACCAUGAAGUGAAAAGGGACAAUAAGAAAGAAACGUACAAUCAAAUGAGCUGACAACAGGCUGCUGUUAACCCUUAGCACCUCAAUAUUUGAUUUCAAUCUUGAGAAGAGUUCCUCAGCUGUUGCUGUUGAGAAUAUCUUAGCUAGCUUCAAUCUGUUAGAGCAAGAGUGUGGUGCUGCAGAGGACAAAUCUGUAAAGGAGCGCUGUGGAUAGUGGGAACUGAAAUACACAGUGCAAAUUUUAGAGGCCACUCACUCCAGCUAUUGCUUUGACAAAGCCAUUCAUUAUAGACUUUGUACUUCAUAUAAGGACUGUUUAUGACCAAAAACAAUUCCAGGAGGGCUGCUUUAUACUAUUUUAGGGAAGAUGCAUUAUUGUAAUGUACCAACACAUUGUAUCAGGAAAGGUAAAUUACUUAAAUAUCAGUCUUACUAUAAACAUAGAUAAUCAUGGUUUGUUUUAAAAAAACAGGUGGAUUUGCUUUAUUUUGUCUUGACCAGAAUCUGUUACUUUUUAUUCAGAAAUAUUUUAUGUUGAGCUUUUAUUUAUACAAUGACAAAGGAUCAGCUUUACACCUCCUGGAUCCUGGUUAUGUAAGCACCCAGGGCGAUGGACCGAAAGUUUCUCUUAGCAACCACCCUUCAUAAAAUUUAUGUCUCAACUCAAUUCCUACCAAGCAUGGGCCUAUUUCUCAUAAUCUGCCUCUCAUUUUGGAUGAAUUGGCCACUAAAUUGGCUUUCUCACAAGAGAUUUGAGCUAGGAGUGGUCAUGUUUGGGCAAGCAUCUGAGAUUUGGAGCUGAGUCAUUGUCGGGGUGCUUUUGAGGGAGCUGUGUUGUGUGCUGUACCUGACCUAGAACCACUAAAUGGUUACUUUGAGUGCCUGAACUGAAACUGUCUCUUUUCCCAUCCUUCACCUUGAGAAAAAUAGAUAUAAAGUUGAUCACCACUUUUUUGUUACCUCUGCACCAUUGGGGGAGAAUGGGAAAAGUAUUACCAUAUUUAAAUAUGGGGAUAAAAACUGCAAAUGCUGGAAAUCUUAAAUAAAAACAGGUGUUUACCUAAAAUAUUAA